UGGGGAGGCCAAGAGUGUGUAAUUAAGCCAAAGAUAAAUUUCUCACAUCUUCUUCUCUUUAGUGAUCCCUAUACUCUCCUUCUCUUUUUGUCGUGCCCCAUGUCAAACUAAAUAGGGGGAGCUCUCUCCGAUACCUCUCUGAUCUCUCUCAUAUACUUCUCUCUCUGCUCAAACUCUAGUGUAAACUGCUGGAUGUAUCCGGUCACACUCUCACUGUGAGCAAAACCCUAACCUAAUGUCGCAAUCCUCUCUGCCGUCGCAUACUGCAUAGAGCAACCUGCUCGCCGUCGCACAUUCGCAGCGCACCUUCCCUGCCGCCGUCUCCGUCCAAGCCUUCAAGGUGUUUGUUUGAAUCAUGGAAGUGGAGCAGGAAAAUACCUCAGCAGAACCCACUGUAACAGCCUCUGAUGUUUCAUCUGAUCAUUCAGCUUUGCCCCUGCCAGUACAACCUGUUAUUGUACCAGUUAUUACUCCUUCUGUUGUACCCCCUCUUGCUCCUAUUCCCUCAAUUCCUCCCUCUCUGGGUAUCCGCCCACUGGCACCGCUACCGCUACCGCGGGCACCGGUUAUUCGGCCACCUGUGCCGCAAAAUGGCGAGGUUGGAUCUAGCGAUUCUGAUUCGGACCAUGAUGACGCGGACACCACCAGGAUUAACAAGGGUACCGGGGAGUAUGAGAUAUCUGAAGAGAGUAGACAGGUCAGGGAGCGGCAGGAAAAAGCGAAGCAGGAACUCUUGUUGAAGAGGCGUGCUGCCGCGCUUGCUGUUCCUACGAAUGACAUGGCUGUGCGAGCUCGUCUUCGCCACCUUGGUGAGCCGAUCACUCUCUUUGGUGAGAGGGAGAUGGAGAGACGAGACAGGUUGCGGAUGAUUAUGGCAAAGCUGGAUGCUGAAGGUCAGCUGGAAAAGUUGAUGAAAGCUCAUGAGGAUGAGGAGGCUGCAGCUUCUGCUCCGAAAGAUGAGGCUGAGGAAGAACUGCAGUAUCCUUUUUACACUGAGGGGUCGAAAUCUCUCCGGGAUGCUAGAAUUGAUAUUGCUAAAUAUUCUUUAGUGAGGGCAGCGUCACGUCUUCAACGUGCUCAGAGAAGAAGAGAUGAUCCGGAUGAAGAUCCGGAUGCAGAGAUGAAAUGGGCAUUGGAGCAGGCUGGGGAUUUGAGGCUUGAAUUUAGUGAAAUUGGAGAUGAUCGUCCACUUACCGGUUGCUCAUUCUCACGGGAUGGAAAAAGGCUAGCUACCUGUUCUCUUACUGGAGCUUCCAAGUUAUGGAGCAUGCCUGAAAUAAGAAAAACUUCUACCUUUAAGGGUCAUACAGAGCGUGCCACUGAUAUUGCUUAUUCUCCUGUGCAUAAUCACUUGGCAACUGCCUCGGCUGAUCGGACUGCAAAGUAUUGGAAUGAUCAGGGAUCUCUUUUGAAGACAUUUGAGGGUCAUCUUGACCGUCUUGCACGCAUUGCCUUCCAUCCAUCAGGGAAGUACCUAGGUACUGCUAGUUUUGACAAGACUUGGAGAUUAUGGGACAUAGAAACAGGAGAGGAGUUGCUUCUUCAAGAAGGCCAUAGUAGAAGUGUAUAUGGUUUAGCUUUCCACCAUGAUGGAUCAUUAGCUGCGUCAUGUGGACUCGAUUCUCUUGCUCGUGUUUGGGACCUGCGAACUGGGAGAAGUAUUCUUGCUCUUGAAGGUCAUGUCAAACCGAUUCUUGGCAUUAGUUUUUCACCUAAUGGAUAUCAUUUAGCCACGGGUGGUGAAGACAACACUUGUCGCAUUUGGGAUUUAAGGAAGAAGAAAUCUUUGUACACCAUUCCUGCUCACUCCAAUUUAAUAUCCCAAGUUAAAUUUGAGCCCCAAGAAGGUUACUUUUUGGUAACUGGCUCAUAUGACAUGACAGCUAAGGUUUGGUCAGCCCGUGACUUUAAGCCUGUGAAAACACUAUCUGGGCAUGAAGCAAAAGUUACUUCUUUGGAUGUUCUUGGAGAUGGUGGGUAUAUUGUUACUGUCUCCCAUGAUCGCACCAUAAAGCUGUGGUCGAGCAACAUGACUAAUGAUAAUGAACACACCAUGGAUGUUGACUAAGCUAUUUUUACGUGAUAUGUUUCUGAAAGGACCUUUGUCGUAGACUGUUGGAAAUCAGAUUCGUCUUUUUUGUUGGAAACAACAGUGUAUCCUGAUUCUUUAACUUGGAUUCAGUGAUUUUAGUCAGAUUGGAAAGAUAUUAUUUUCCUGUUGUAUCACAUUUUAGUUCUACGUAACCAAAACCACUGAAUGAGAAAAGAUUUAAAAUUUUGUUGA